AUGACGAAUAAGCUGGAUAAGAAUUUUUCAGAGGUGACUGAGUUUAUUCUUCUGGGAUUCAGAACUCAUCCAGAAACACAGAUCAGCUUAUUCUUGUUGUUUUUGCUAAUCUAUAUGGUGAUUUUAAUGGGAAAUAUGACCAUGAUAAUUGUGAUGAAGGUAGAUUCCAGACUUCACACCCCUAUGUAUUUCUUCCUCAGAAAUUUGUCUUAUUUAGACCUCUGCUACUCCACAGUCAUCGCUCCUAAAGCCCUAGCCAAUUUCUUAUCUGAUGAAAAGAAGAUUUCUUACAAGGGCUGUGCAGCCCAGUUUUUCUUCUUUGCCAUCUUUGUCACAACAGAAUGUUUUCUCCUGGCUGUGAUGGCAUUUGAUCGAUUCUCAGCCAUUUGUUCUCCUCUCCUUUACCCUGUGCACAUGUCUCAGAAAGUCUGUGUUUGGUUGGUUACUGGCUCCUAUGUCUGUGGAACCAUUAAUGCCGUAGUUGAAACAAGUUCCACCUUCAGUUUGCAUUUCUGUAAAGAAAACAGAUUGGAUCACUUUUUCUGUGAUGCUCCAGCCCUGAUUGAAAUCUCAUGUGCUGACAGCUUUGUGAAUGAGAUUGUGAUGUUUGUUGUCUCUGCUUUUAUCGUCAUUUCUACAACAGCAGCUAUUCUGAUAUCUUAUGUUUAUAUCCUCUCCACUGUGCUGAAGAUCCCCUCAACUCAGGGCAGGAGUAAGACCUUCUCUACCUGUGGCUCCCAUAUAGCAGUGGUGAGUUUAUUCUAUGGGACUAUAUUCUUCAUGUAUUGUCAACCUGGGGGCCUUUACUCACCCCAGCAAAACAAGAUUAUUUCUGUGUUCUACACACUUAUAAUACCAAUGCUGAACCCUCUAAUAUAUAGUCUGAGAAACAGAGACGUGAAAGAUGCUAUGAAAAGAAUAUUAUGUGAGAAAUGA